GAAAGCCAGCCACAGGGGGAGGAAGAUAUCCCGGCUGUAGAUCAUAACAGUCAGAUCAGCCAACGCGUACAGUAGCUGGGGCUGUCGAAUUACAUCCAGCCAAGGCCCUUACGACUGGGCUUAUGAUACCGUUUCCGUUAUUUUGGACUUUGACAAGAAGGAAACGAUGCUUUAACCGGUAAUGCGGUAACGGUUAGUUAGCACUGACAUUUCACGGAUACUUUUCUCAGGGAUGUUUUGGUAGAUCUGCCUGUGCGUUGGAGGCUAAUGGCCGCUAGUAGAUCGGCUUGAACAGUAAAACGGCUUGAGCUACCGGGGGCUGUGUAGGCGUCUUUUUAAGUGUUUAGGGGCCCUACUGUAUACUUGUGAUAUUUGCGACUUACAGUUUAGAACAAUAUACCUGCAGCGUGAUCUAAUGCUAACCGUAUUUAAAUGUCUCAUUAGUUUCGAAAACGUAGCAGAUAAUACACAAAUUUGCGUUGAUCGGACUGACAAAGAGCCCCGUCUUUAGCCUAGCUAGCUCGAGAGUUAGCUAGUUAGCAUACCAACGAACAACAGUAUCGCAAGCUAGUGUACAGCUGCUGUUGCGGUAGCGAUGCCUUUUGUCUUGGGCUACGUACUGGCACAAUGACACCAGACACAAAGGCUCCGUUGACACCGAGAUGGGAUCUUAUAGGGCACGAAAUCGCAGAUGUAAUUUAGAGGUAGAGUGAUUAUCGGGUUAGGAUUAGAUAGAUAGCUUGUAGUUGCUAGCCAGCGAGCUAGAAUAUAGUUGUGUUGUUCCUUUUUGUUGUUGUUAGAGGUAGCUAAACCACUGCCAUCUAGCUAACCAACCUACACAGAGUACUUCAGAGACCGUUCUGUCGCUGUAUCUGUUUUUUGCUAGUGUCAUUAUUUUAUAGGGAGGACAGAUCUUUCUUUGGACCUUAACUUGAUUUGCGAACAUUGUCGAAUUGCUGACCAGUAUAGAAACAUACAUCAUUUUUUGACCAAUUUAGCUACCUUCUUAGCUAACGUUUCGGAAACGGCAAGAAAUAUCAGCUAUACCCGUACACGAAACAGAGCUGCUAUUAUGGCCCGUACACUCGCCUCUGAAAGGACCGUAUCAUGGACAGCGCUAACCACGGUUAUAUUCAUAUUCACUGGUUCUGCAGUGGGCUCCCAGCACAGUGACAAUGUCUACGUAUCAGGGAUCAGCAACGCCUGCGGGGAGGUGCCGGAGCAGCUGCGGUCCUCCAGCGGGGUGAUCACCACCCCGGGAUGGCCCUUCGAGUACCCCUCCAGGAUCAACUGCACCUGGAACAUCAGAGCCAACCCCGGAGAGAUCGUCACCAUCAGCUUCCAGGACUUUGAGCUGCAAAGUUCUCGGCGCUGCGUUCAGGACUGGCUCUCCAUCGGCAGCUACAAGAACCUGGACGGGUUCCGAGCCUGCGGUUCCACCCUGCCCGCCCCCUACAUCUCCUCCCAGGACCACGUGUGGGUCAAGUUCCACUCCGACGACAGCCUCACCGCCAAGGGCUUCCGGCUCACCUACAUCACUGGGCGCCCCGAGGAGUCGAGCUGCGACUCGGACCAGUUCCACUGCUCCAACGGGAAGUGCGUCCCGGACUCGUGGCGGUGCAACGCCAUGGACGAGUGCGGCGACAACUCGGACGAGGAGCUGUGCUCCCGGACCAACCCCUCGGCCACCUUCUCCUUCCAGCCCUGCGCCUUCAACCAGUUCCCCUGCCUGUCCCGCUACACGCGCGUCUACACCUGCCUGCCCGAGUCGCUGAAGUGCGACGGCAGCAUCGACUGCCAGGACCUGGGCGACGAGAUCGACUGCGACGUGCCCACCUGCGGCGAGUGGCUGAGGAACUUCUACGGGACGUUCAGCUCGCCCAACUACCCCGACUUCUACCCGCCCGGGAGCAACUGCACCUGGCUGAUCGACACGGGCGACCACCGCAAGGUCAUCCUGCGCUUCACCGACUUCAAGCUGGACGGUACAGGGUACGGGGACUAUGUGAAGGUGUAUGACGGUCUGGAGGAGAACCCUCGCCGGCUGCUCCGCGUCCUCACCGCCUUCGACUCCCGCGCCCCCGUCGCCGUGGUAGCGUCGUCAGGGCAACUCAGGGUCCACUUCUACGCCGACAAGAUCAACGCCGCCCGCGGCUUCAACGUCACCUACCAGGUGGAGGGCUUCUGCCUGCCGUGGGAGGUCCCGUGCGGGGGCAACUGGGGCUGCUACACGGAGCAGCAGCGCUGCGACGGCUACUGGCACUGCCCGAACGGGCGCGACGAGCUCAACUGCUCGGCGUGCCAGGACGACGAGUUCCCGUGCUCGCGCAACGGCGCCUGCUACCCGCGCUCGGACCGCUGCAACUACCAGAACCGCUGCCCCAACGGCUCCGACGAGAAGAACUGCUUCUUCUGCCAGCCGGGCAACUUCCACUGCAAGAACAACCGCUGCGUGUUCGAGAGCUGGGUGUGCGACGCGCAGGACGACUGCGGCGACGGCAGCGACGAGGAGAGCUGCCCGGUGAUCGUGCCCACGCGCGUCAUCACGGCCGCCGUGAUCGGCAGCCUGAUCUGCGGCCUGCUGCUGGUCAUCGCCCUGGGGUGCACCUGCAAGCUGUACUCGCUGCGGAUGUUUGAGCGCAGGUCGUUCGAGACCCAGCUGUCCCGCGUGGAGGCGGAGCUGCUGAGGAGAGAGGCUCCGCCCUCGUAUGGUCAGCUGAUCGCCCAGGGACUCAUCCCCCCGGUGGAGGACUUCCCUGUCUGCUCCGGCAACCAGGCCUCCGUGCUGGAGAACCUGCGCCUGGCCGUGCGCUCCCAGCUGGGCUUCACCUCCAUCCGCCUGCCCACCUCCGGCCGCCACGGCAACCUGUGGCGCCGCCUCUUCAACUUCACGCGCUCGCGGCGCUCCGGCUCGCUGGCGCUGGUGUCGUCCGACCCGGAGGACAGCGCGGGGAACACCGGGGGAGGCGGCGCCGGCCCAGCGGAGAGGACCGGGGCGCACCGGGGCCUGCUGCCGCUGGACUCGGACGACACGGACACGGAGGGCGAGCGGCGCGACGCCAGCAUCGGGGCCGUGGGGGGGGGGCUGGCGGCCCCCCUCCCCCAGAAGACCCCGCCCGCGUCAGCGGUGGAGGCCAUCGUGGCGGUAACGGCCAGCUUGGUGGCGCCGGCGGCGCCCGGCCGCGACCAGCGGGAGAGAGAGCGGGAGCGGGAGCGCCCCCUGGUGGUGGUGGACGAGCCGCUCGGACCCGAGUCCCCCAGAGGAGGGGGCCCCCCGCGGGCCGCCGCCGUCGCCUCCUCCGGGGCCAGGGGCCUCCAGAGCGCCCGGGGCCUGGUCACGCGCAGCCUGCACUGGGUCCGGGGCCUCUCCCUGGGCCGGGCCCAGAACCACCACAGCCCCCUGAGGCAGCUGGAGCACGGGGGGGGAGGCGGCGAGGGAGCGGGGGGGAGCCGGGGGGAGGAAGAGGACGACGUGGAGCUGCUCAUCCCCACCUCCGACCCCGCCUCAGACUCGGACUCCGCCUCCUCCGUCAGCGAGGCCUGCCAGCCGCUGCUGGAGCGCAGGCUCCUCCCCCAGGCGGGGGGCGGGCGAGCGUGCGGGGGGAGGCUGGGCAGGGGGAGGCAGGGGGGGAGGGACGGCCCGUGUGAACACUGCGGGAUGGUCCACACGGCCCAGAUCCCUGACGCAUGUCUAGAGGCCACAGGGAAGACAGAGAGCAGCGACGACGAGCUCCUGCUGCUGUGUUAGAGCACAGCGCCCCCCACCCCCCCCCGGUGGCUCCUCGGUGUCAUUACAUCCCCCUCCUGUGCCCCCCUGGUGGGCUUCCUGCUGUCUUUACCACAAGCUCCUCACCACAGCGCCCUCUGGUGCCUCCGUCCUGUCCUUGCGUCUCCCCCUGGUGGUCAUUCCAAGUCACUACCCCAACAGUCUGCUGCUUGGCUGGGUUAGCUACCGGCCCGAUGCCCCCCUCCCUCCCCUAGCCUUCCCUCCACCCUGUCCCAUCGACACAACCUGAGAUCUCCCCUCGGUACGCUUGGAUCUCUGUCGGUACGACAAACGAACAGGCUGUUUCGGCCGGUACGACGAUGAAUUUCGUCCCCCUUUGGUGCGACUUUAAACAGUGUCCCCCUGGGAAACUCGUGGAAUCUUUCCGCCCUCCUGACUGUUGUCAUGCUUACUGUAUGCUGCUGGUGAUGUCACUUCCUGGGAACUGUGACCCCCCCCCCCCAACUACCCUAUUACAUUUUGGAGUGGACCAUAAGAGAGGCGUGUGUAUGUCAGGAGAAGUGUGUGUGUGUUGGAAGGAGGGGCAGGGGGGGGGGGGGGGGGGGGGGGGGGGGGGGGGGGUUGGUCAGGUAAGACAGCCUGUCACUGUCCAGAAGACACACCCUGGCAAACACACACAACUGCUAACACACACACCUCUGUAAACACACACUUGCACCCUGCUAGGUACUGGGAGACUGACUGAGAAACCCAGAGGUAGAGAUCAUGUAGGAGAGAGAAGGUACUGUGUGUCACUUGUCAUGUGAGCUGUGAUUAACGUGAUUGGAUAGCUCCUGGCGGGUGCAAUUGCACCCUGGACCUCCUUGGUCGGUACAGUUCUGCCCUGCUAUUUGGGGUUUCUUAUUAGUCGGUUUCAACUCCACGGACAGUGUUCCUGCCAUUCUGUUGGACGAUACCAGCCGGUUUCGUCAUGCUUUGUCACGGCAACAAGCUUUUAUUUAUACAAAACAAAGAGAAUAACAGAAUCUGAUUCUGAGGACUAAACAUUGUGUUACAUCAUCGAGCGAUGUUUGAUGUAUUUAUUGUUUUGUUACUAUUUUGGUAACCUCAAUGUUUUGGUACUAAGAAGACUUGUGUGAGUGUGUAUAUUUAUAUUUAUUAUUAUUAUUAUUAAUUUCAGUAGCUGUUACUUCUUCUUGGGAGAUGCAUGUCCAAAUUGUCUUGUGCUAUUUUUUGUUAAGUGGUACGGUGUUGGAAAAAAUUAUAUAAACAUAACUGUUUACUGCACUAAAGAUAUGAAUAAAACAUUCAUCCUGCUAA